AUGGCGACUGUGGAACCAGAAACCACCCCUACUCCUAACCCCCCGCCUACAGAAGAAGAGAAAACAGAAUCUAACCAGGAGGUUGCUAAUCCAGAACACUAUAUUAAACAUCCUUUACAGAACAGAUGGGCACUCUGGUUUUUUAAAAAUGAUAAAAGCAAAACUUGGCUAGCAAACCUUCGACUGUUCUCUGAGUUUGAUACUGUUGAAGACUUUUGGGCUCUGUACAACCAUAUCCAGUUAUCUAAUAAUUUAAUGCCUGGCUGUGACUACUCACUCUUUAAGGAUGGUAUUAAACCUAUGUGGGAAGAUGAGAAAAACAAACGAGGAAUUACGAUGGCUAAUUACGUUGAACAAACAGCAGAGACGAAGUGA